GCCUACGGCGGCACUAGGACCGCGGGGCCGUGGCGGUGGUUACGGAGGCCGGGGGGCUGCCCGGGAGGGGCGUGGGGCCCCGGCCCGUGGCUCCGGGCGCUGGGGUCGGAAUUCGAACUCAAGGAGUCCCCGGUUACCCAGAGCCCCCGCUUACCUGGAGCCCCCUCCGUGCCCCCCGCCCCAGGUGGCCGAAGGAUGACCACGCUCACGCGCCAGGACCUCAACUUUGGCCAAGUGGUGGCCGACGUGCUCUGCGAGUUCUUGGAGGUGGCGGUGCACCUGAUCCUCUAUGUGCGCGAGGUCUACCCGGUGGGCAUCUUCCAGAAACGCAAGAAGUACAACGUGCCGGUGCAGAUCUUCACAGACGACAUCAUUAAAGCUCAGAGAAAUUCAGUCAUUUGCCCAAGACCACACAGCCCCUUAAUGUCAAAUGAUAGUGCUGAGACCAGUGCUUAUAUGUCCUGCCAUCCGGAGCUGAACCAGUAUAUUCAGGACACGUUGCACUGCGUCAAACCACUCCUGGAAAAGAACGAUGUGGAAAAAGUGGUUGUGGUGAUUUUGGAUAAGGAACACCGGCCAGUGGAGAAGUUUGUCUUCGAGAUCACUCAGCCACCCUUACUGUCCAUCAGCUCAGACUCCCUGCUGUCCCAUGUGGAGCAGCUGCUACGAGCCUUCAUCCUGAAGAUCAGUGUGUGUGAUGCCGUCCUGGACCACAACCCACCAGGCUGUACCUUCACAGUCCUGGUUCACACGAGAGAAGCUGCCACUCGAAACAUGGAGAAGAUCCAGGUCAUCAAGGACUUCCCUUGGAUCCUGGCGGACGAGCAGGAUGUCCACAUGCAUGAUCCCCGGCUGAUACCUCUAAAAACCAUGACGUCGGACAUUUUAAAGAUGCAGCUCUAUGUGGAAGAGAGAGCUCAUAAAAGCAGCUGAGGGUGUGCCUGUGCCUGCUGCCUAAUGCCCAGCUGUCAGAUUCUGGGGCCACAGCCCAGGGCAGUGCUGCAGGGCCCCAACUCCAAGUGCUCUUAUUGCCUUGACACGUGGCUGCCUCUCGGGUCGGGCUGCUUAGCCCCCCUUGCCUCUUGAGGCAGCCUCUCCAGGAGGGCAGGGAGGGAUGCUGGGACAGACUGCCAGUUUUCAGCAGCCUUCUGGGGCUCAGCCUGCCGACACCAUCCAUCUCAAAUACUGUGCUGUGAGUUGUCAAUAAAAGUGCCCAGAGGGCUGACCGUA